CGUGCCUUGAAAGGUGUUCUGGCAUAGAAGUGGAGGAGUGAGUUCCAGGCGGGGGACGUUACAGUAGGGAGACCUUUUAUAUCCGAACUUUACCCCUUGCUUCACGCGAUCUGGACGCGUCUCCAAAAAAGUGCCCGCCGCUUGACCACCACCAUUUACCAACCCCGCCCCUUUUACUUUAUGCUUCACGAUUCACACUCUCGAAUUUGAAUACCCUCAUGUGCACGGCUGUUGCGUAGUGAUAUCCCCAAGAACCUUCGGAACUGCACCAACCCAACUAACAAUGCCUGCGCGGAAAUCUAACGCCUCCGUCUCCGCCGAUAACGAUGCGACCAACAACCUCAGCCCAGCCGAGCUGGCCGCGAAACAGCAGGAGAUGGAAGGAUUAAGCGUCGAGGACCUCUCACUCCCAAAGACCAUGAUCCAGCGACUCUCGAAAGGAGUCCUUCCACCCAACACCCAGAUUCAAAAAGACGCGCUCCUUGCCAUCUCGAAAAGUGCGACCGUUUUCGUGAACUACCUCGCUGCCUAUGCCUACGACACCGCCGAGCGCUCCAACCACCGCGUAAUCCAAGGCCCGGACGUCCUCGCGGCGCUGAAUGAGCUGGAAUUCCACCCAUUCAUGGCACGCGUGGAGCGCGAGAUGCAGAAGUAUCAGGAGAUCCAAUGCGACAAGCGAAACAACUACCGCAAGCACCGGAAGGAGGCGGAGAAGGCGAAGAAGGAUGAGGGAGGCGGAGAAGCGACGGAGGGGGCGGAGAGCGGGGUGCGGAGGGAGGAGGCGGAGAGGCCGGCGAAGAAGGAGGGGGAGGGGGAGGGGGAGGAGUUGGAGCAUGAUGAGGUGGAGGAGGAGGAGGAGGAGGAGGAGGAGCAGGGGGAGACGACGAUGGAUGGGGAGGAUCUGGUGGAGGAGAUGGAGAAAGGGAAGGAAGAGGAUGACGACGUGCUGGAUGAUGGGGAUGAUAGCGAUGCGAUAUAG